GGCGGCGGCGGCUCAGGAGGCCGCGCUCCCGGUCUUGGCCUCGGCCCCAGUCCCACCAUGGUGACCCUCGCCGAGCUGCUGGUGCUCUUGGCCGCGCUCGUGGCCACGGCUUCGGGCUACUUCGUCAGCAUCGAUGCGCACGCGGAGGAGUGCUUCUUUGAGCGGGUCACCUCGGGCACCAAGAUGGGCCUCAUCUUCGAGGUGGCCGAGGGCGGCUUCCUGGACAUCGACGUGGAGAUCACAGGGCCUGAUAAUAAAGGAAUCUAUAAAGGAGACCGAGAGUCCAGUGGGAAAUACACAUUUGCUGCUCACAUGGAUGGAACAUACAAGUUUUGCUUUAGCAAUAGGAUGUCCACCAUGACUCCAAAGAUAGUGAUGUUCACCAUUGACAUUGGGGAGGCCCCAAAAGGACAAGACAUGGAAACAGAAGCCCACCAGAACAAACUAGAAGAGAUGAUUAAUGAGCUCGCAGUGGCGAUGACAGCUGUAAAGCAUGAACAGGAGUACAUGGAAGUUCGGGAGAGAAUACACAGAGCAAUCAACGACAACACAAACAGCAGAGUGGUCCUUUGGUCCUUCUUUGAAGCUCUUGUUCUAGUUGCCAUGACACUGGGACAGAUCUACUACCUGAAGAGAUUUUUUGAAGUCCGGAGGGUUGUCUAAAAAGCCUUUUUCUGAUGAUCCCAAACUCAUAACUCACUGUUUACCAAAUAUCUUGGUCACGAUACCGUCAUUAGUUUCUACACUUUUAUUUUCUGAACUGUACAUUCACAGCUUAUGUUUCUUUGUGAUUAAUAGGUAUCGGGGGGGACACAUCUUUUUUAGGAAAGCUGAUGUUUGAUUGGCAUAGCUUCUUAUUUGAAUUCUGCCUGCAUUAUGCAGGUUCUUCCAGAACUCAGACACUAUAAAUGAAAUAUAAAAGUACAGUCCUUUCUGUGUCCUCUUCUGUUUUCAUAAUAAAAAGCAGUUUGUUCAGGAAAUCAGCACAAAGCCUGAGAGUACUUCACUAAAAUGACUGCACUCUUUGCAUCCCUCCUCCUGCAGUUUAAAUCAGUAAGGAUUCAUUUUGUUGAGUUCUUAAACAACAAUCUGAAUCUUGCCUUUUCUACCUAGCCUAAUGGCAGAGCUCUCUGAGUUUGGAGUAUGUCACUGUGGUUGGGCACUUCUAUAUAUUCUUUAUCUUAUUUUUGCUUUAAAGAUAAGACUUGCCCAAACACACAUUUUUCCCCCUGAAUUUUUACAUUGAACCUUGAGACUCAGUCACCUCCACUUAGUUUGAUGACAGAAGCAGCUAAUAACCACUUUUUGGUUUCUGCCUAACCUUAGAGGAAGUCUCCUAUUAAAACUGAUUCUCUGUGUGUUUCAGCAAAUGGUAGUUUUUUUUUUUUUCCUGUCCUGACAUGUCCAUGUUCUCUACUUUUGGCAUGUAGGAAGUGUGUGCUCACAUAAUUGGAAAAAUCUGGAUUUCUGAUGCCAAAGGGUUAAAGCCUCUUGGAUUUCAUUGCAGUGAUACACAGCCACUAUUUUAUUUUUGAUCAGUGGCAUUUUGGGCCACUGUUUAACUAGGGUACUGAACAUUAGUGUCAGUACUAGGGUUUUUGUUUUUGUUCCUCUUGGGUCUUUCAUUUUUGGCACAUGUGAAUUUUGUUUUGUACGAAAUGAAACGCGUUUCUCUUGAUCUCUGAUGAUGGGUUUAAAAUUAAAGGAGCAUCUGGUUUGGUGUGGGGGUGAUCCAGGAUUAUGUUGUGACAUGUAUUUUAGUUACUUGCACAUUUUUUUUUUGGAUCUCUGCAAGGGGAAAACUACAAGUAAGGAGUUUUAUAUAAUUAAUUUAAAUUUGUUACAGGUUUUCAUGUUCAGGAUAAACAAUUUUUUCAACCUUGGGUGAAAAUAACUUGCAACAGCUUAUCGAUAAGGUGAGUGUUUCACCUUAAGACAGCUGUUGCAUGCCAGUUUUGUGUGUGUGUGAAAACACUUCAAAAUUGAAUUAACAGAUGUAAAUUUGGAAUUGGUUGUGUAUCUGAUAUGCCCCAGGUUCAGUAAAUAAACAAUUCUUUUUAAAAACA